AUGGGCUCCAAACUUCCGCAGCUCUCCCUCCCCCUUCUAAAAUCCCUCCUCUCUCCGUCAACAACCCCCACCUCGCUCCUCUCUUCCUUGCAAUCUCUCGAACCCCGCGCUUCAAUCACCACAAUAGAUUCCUCCACCUCCGAAAUCCUCUCAAACUAUUAUUCCCUCUACCUCCUGACUCUCAUCCUUGUCGACGAUCUUACCGAAGCCAGGGCCCUCACAAAUCGUAUCGAUACCCAACUGCUACAUAACGAUGCCGCCAUAAUCUCCUCGUAUAGAGUCUUGCAGGCCGUAUGGAGCAAAGACUACGUAGCUUUCCAUCAAACGAUGCAGGGUGCCCCUUGGGGUGAUAUUACGGCUGUUCUUGCCGGACGGGUGUUACAAAAACACCGAACAACUACUCUUUCCCUCCUCUCCACAGUAUAUACUUCUAUCCCACCGGAACUCGCUCAGAAAUAUCUAGGAGUCUCGGACGAACAACGUACCGUCAAGAUGUUAGUUGAAGAAAACCCGGAGUUCGGGUGGAGUCUUAAUGAUCAAGGAUUCUUAGUAAGGAAUGAGAGCGGUGGGAUUAAUACUGUCAAACAGGAAGGCAGAGCCAAAGAAGGAGAGAUAGGAAGAUUAGCCGGGUUGGGUGGCUUUCUAAGUGACGUUUAG